AUGGAGUUUUACCUGGAAAUUGAUCCUGUUACCUUGAAUUUGAUUAUCCUAGUAGCAAGCUAUGUCAUCUUGCUGCUGGUUUUUCUCAUCUCCUGUAUCCUCUAUGAUUGUAGAGGAAAAGACCCCAGUAAGGAGUAUGCGCCCGAGGCCCCUCUGGACCCUCCACAGCCCAUCCAGCUGGUAUUAAUGCAGCAGAGUUCUCCUGGGAGCCACUGGGCAAAGGGACCUGGAUUGCCUUAUGGUACUUCGGCUCCUCUUGGGAAGAAGAAUACAGUAGUGUGA